GAGUGGUUUGGAUCACGGGGUGAUACACAAACGACGCUAUACGGUUUCUCCAGUCAGUCGCUUGGCAAACGCUCGUGUGGAAGCAUCUGUUAUCGACAUGUCUGAGACAUACAAGGUUGGAGAUCUCGUAUGGGCAAAGAUGAAGGGUUUCUCACCCUGGCCCGGCCGGGUGUCCAACCCGUCAAAGGACUUGAAGAAGCCCUCGCAUAGCAAAAAGUCGCCGAUUUAUUGCAUAUUCUUCUUCGGCACGAACAACUAUGGAUGGAUUGAGGAAUCAAAUAUGAAGUCUUAUCGUGAGCACAAGGAGACCUGCAUGAAGUUGAACAAGAGCGCCGCUUUCAAAGACGCGAUUGAGGCUAUAGAGGAAUUCAUUGCCAAAGGACAGGUGUUUGAGGACGGCUUGGAUCCGGAUUCUCUCUUCGACAGGCUGAAGGAGGAGAGCAUAGUUGUUGAGAAGAAGACUCCAAAGAUUACGAAGCCUCGUAAGGAAACUCCAAAGGCGAAGAGGAUGGACACGAGCGUGGAACGUCGUCCAGCUAAGAAGCCACGUCGUGAGUCGAGCGCGAGCAAUAGUAAUCGCAUGGGUAGUCCAAGUCCAACAUUGAAUCAUUCUUCACCAUCUCCACCAAGGAAAUCAACUUCUACUUUACUCGAUAGACCAGCCAAUAUUGCGAGACCUGUAACGCCACCGCUUGACGUAGAAACUCUGUCGCAGACUCUAAAAGAGAAGAACAUUCUUCCCUCAAAUCUUAAAUUCGGAUUCCUCGGUCUCGGUAUAAUGGGCAGUGGAAUCGUAAAGAACCUCAUCAACAGUGGGCACAGCGUCAUCGUCUGGAACAGAACUCAAGAAAAGUGCCAAGACUUUGUGAAAGCUGGUGCAGAGCAGGGAUUGACCCCGUCAGACGUUGUUCUGGCUGCAGACAUCACGUUUUCGUGCGUCGCAGAUCCUCAAGCAGCUAAAGACAUGGUCUUUGGUAACUGCGGAGUCCUAACAGAAAUAUCCCCGGAGAAGGGUUACGUAGAGAUGACGGGAAUUGAUGCCGAGACCUCCCAAGACAUUGCGGAGGCGAUAAACACAAAAGGUGGAAGGUACCUCGAGGCUCAGGUCCAGGGGAGCAAAACUCACGCCCAGGAGGGAACACUGGUAAUUUUAGCUGCUGGUGACAGAUCAUUGUUCGACGAAUGUCAGUCCUGCUUCGAAGCAAUGGGAAAGAAUAGUUUUUACCUUGGUGAAGUUGGAAAUGCCUCCAAGAUGAAUCUUGUUCUUCAAUUGAUGGCUGGGGUCACGCUUGCUGGGCUGGCUGAGAGCAUGGCACUUGCUGAUCGUGCAGGACUGCAGCAGAAAGAUGUUCUCGAGGUGUUGGAGCUGACCUCGCUAGCCUGUCCCGCUAUUUUGGAUAAAGGAAGAGCAAUAAUCGAAGGUGGUUUUCCAACUCAAUUACCACUUCAACAUAUGCAGAAGGACUUGAGAUUGUCCCUGGGUAUGUCGGAUCAACUCGAGCAACCAUUACCCUUAGCAGCAGCUGCUAAUGAAGUAUAUAAACACGCUAAACGUCUUGGAUACGGUGAACACGAUGCAUCAGCUGUUUAUAUUCGAGCCAGGUUCUAACCAGGGGUUUAAUCCAUCGGGGCUAUUUGCUAUAACCGUAUUUAUUGCAAUACCCAAAUUGUUCCUCCCCUCGAGGCAGAUUAAAAUGAGUAAAACACGUUGUGGAUUGACUUUAGAAGGAUUAUUCGAAUGUAUGUGCAGACAGUGAAAUUCGAUACGAGCCCUUUGUAAAGGUAUUUGGAGAAUUGCUUCGAGAGGGUUAACAAUGGCACAACAAUGUGAAAUGCAUAACAUUUUCCUGUUUUCUUUAAUUUCUUUUUUAAUGAACUUAUUUUUUUCCAUUUUUGUUAGUAAAUAUAUAGAAUUUGAUAAAUUUGUAAAGCGAAAUUGCGAACGAUCGGAGAGUUGACCAAUCAAUUGAGAAAUUUAAAGAAUUUUAUCGGUCUAUUUUGUUUUUCUGUUUUAAAGGGAGUGAUAAGAGGCUCGUUCCUGAUGUUUUUUUCUAUCUCACGAGUGCAGCCUACCAGUGUAGACAUAUAUUUCUCUCUCAGUUAAUCGUCUAUUCAAUGAAUGAACUAACCAUUUUCCAAUUUUUCUUUUCCUGAAACUCUUGCGUUUUUUAUUGCCUUUAGUAAAAUAAUUGACUUGAAAUAUCGAGAACUAUUGAGAAUGUGCCUUAGGAUGUCACUCGAUUGAGGAAAACAAUAUAUAAAUUUAUCGCCAAUAGGGAAAAAUAAUUUCGUCAUAAAUUAAUCGUCCUCUGGGACCUAUUGCUGUCUCUAAUUUUCUUAUAAUCCGACCUUGUCAUUAUUGGGAGACAUAGGGGAUCAAAAUGAUGGGAGAUUGAUGAAUUAUCUGAUGCAAUGACUUGUUUAAAUAUGCCAGUGGGACCAGAUGGAGCUUUUUUGCUUAAAAAGUGUAUGAGAUGAUAAAUUCUGGAACAAAUCACAUUUCAAUGAAAUAUGGAACAAAAUAACGUAAUUGCAUUAAUCAACUGACGUGUUAACGAGGUAUUCGUGAUGAUCCACUUGAAAAUUUUGCUAAUCAAUUUAAUGAUUUGAUAAGACCUGUAAUUGACAUUUUAUUAGCAUAAUUGAUGAUUUAAUAAAGGAAUAAUUGAAAUCAAUAUUUCAAAUGUGUCGUAGUAAUUGUGGAAAUGGAAUUUUCCAUAAUUUUGUCAUCUCCAUCAUCUCUUCUUGUAUUUUCGUUAAAUCAUACAACCGCCGAUCGUUGAGCAAUUUCACACCAAAAACCAGGGAUAAUUCACUCUAGCCAUGACUAUUGUGAGAGGAGAUGAAUUCGAAAGUGACUUGAACUUUUUUCCCUCUCUCUCUUUAAUUUCUCCAAUAAUAAUAUUGCGUGUCUAGCUAACAUUCGAGAUUUGAUUUUUCUGAGAAUAUUUGCGCGGCUAUUUUCAUUAAAAUCCUCCGCCUCUCACCGGAAGAAUGGACGGAAAAUUAAAUAAAAUGAAUGGGCCAUUUCCGGUCUGAUAGAGAAGACAGAGCAAAAAUCAAUUUCAGGGAAGGGAGAAAUAUUUUACGAUUAGAACAAUUAUCAUUUCAGUUGAAUAAAUACUUGUCAACUAUUUUAUUCAGAGUAAUAUUUUAUAUUCUUAUUGCAAUAAUAUCCCCCAGUGGUUGAACAAGUACACUCAUGAACUAGAUUCAUUGAAUUGUAAAAUCAAUUUUUGCAUAAUUAUUUUAGCUACUGCAUAUGCAGUCAAUGAAUGAAAUUAAUUACUGUCCUGCUAUUGGGCUAUACGAGCAUUGACGACUCAUAAGUAAUUUUACAUUAUUUUUACUUCCUCGAAAAAUAAUAGGCAAUGAAAAAAUACAUGGGAAUAUAGAAAAAAAGGAUUGUCAAACAACAAUUUGAUUAUCGGAAUAUAACGCAAUAGAAUACUGAAAUAAGAAUGAAAAAACAUAUUAUUGUAUUUGUGGAGUAUGAGGAUUUCAUGAGAGGAAGGUGAGAGAUAUAUAUAUAUUAUAAGAUAAUGAAAAUCGUGAAUAUCAUAUGAGAAGUAUGUGUGCAGAGGAUGCAGUGUUCAAGGGAUAGUUUUUUUUUAUUAUGGGAUAUCUUCGAAAAUUUGGAUUCCAUCGCUGGAGUAGAAUAAAAAAAAUAUGGAAAAUCGUAUUUUCAUGGGUAGAUGAUGGCAAUUUAUUUGAACUACCGAUUGGAAUGGAGUGAAAUUUGUCGAGGGAUCCCUCUCUUCAGUUCUAUAUUUACAAUAAAGGAUUUUUUUAAUUGUAGAAAUAUCUAUUAAAUUUACAUAAUCAUCAGAA